AGUUGCGAAAUUCCAAAACAACCACAGUGAUUGAUAUUUUCGUUCAACUUUGUUAUAUUAAAAUAUAAUAAUAUUAAUAUUAUUACUAUUGACGUUUCAAGAGUUCAAAAUUUGUCUAGACUAUUAAAAAAAUAAUAUUAUAAAGCAGUUACAAAUCUAGAUAACUUUCCGAAUUUUAUUCCUUCAAGCACCACAAUGCAGAACAAAAUAGCCACAAUUAAAACUCAGAAUCCCCUGUUCGGUCAGUUGAUAAUCGGCCCGCCCGGGUCCGGGAAAACAAGCUACUGUAACAAGAUGAAACAAUUUCUGGAAAAGCUGGGUCGAAAAGUAACCGUUGUGAAUCUGGAUCCGGCAAACGAUAACAUGGAAUAUGACAGUAGUAUUGACAUCAUGCAGCUAAUCACCGUCGAGGAUGUAAUGGAACAGUUCAGCCUGGGACCAAAUGGAGCACUAAUGUACUGCAUGGAGUUUCUCGAGGCCAAUUUUGGCUGGCUGUUGGAACAGUUGAAAACGUCCCCCAGUCGCUACUUUAUCUUCGAUUGUCCCGGACAGGUCGAGCUUUACACUCAUCAUAACGCUGUGAGGAAUAUUUUUACACAGCUGGAAAGACUUGGAUAUCAUCUUUGUACGGUGCAUUUGGUUGAAUCUCAUCACUGUUCCGAACCGCACAAAUUCAUCUCCACACUGCUACUGUCACUGCAUACGAUGCUCCAGAUGGGACUGCCCCAUAUUAAUGUUCUUAGUAAGGCUGAUUUGCUAAAGGAGUAUGAAUCAAAGUUGGCAUUCAGUCUGGAUUACUACACCGAAGUACUGGAUCUGCAAUACUUACUGGAAUGUGUGGAUCAGUCUAUGCCGGGCCCACGAAACAAGUACAAAAAGUUGAAUGCGGCAAUUGUGUCAAUGGUGGAAGACUAUAGCUUGGUAUCUUUUCAUCUGCUAGACUCAAACAAGGACGAAAGUUUACUUAGGCUGAAGAAUGCUAUCGACAAAGCUAACGGGUACGUGUACGGUGCUGGGGAGGAGAAGAAUGUCAACACACUUCUCGCCUGUGCGGUGGGGGCUGAGACGCAAAAUGAACGGAUGGAAAGGGAUAUUGAUCCGUAUAUUGGCUAGAUAAUAAAUUGAAACUAUUUUA